UCAUCCUGAAUACCGCAGGGAGGCCUCGGAGCCUGACUCAUCUCGCCCAGCCCGUCCUGGAGGCCAGAGUGACGGAGGCCCGAAUGGCCACCCAACUUCCCUGCGCUGUCCUGGACUUCCUAGGAGGGGAGUGGGGCCGGGCUCCGGGCUCAAAUUCCAAAUGAAAAUGUUUGAAAGCGUUGACUCUACAGCUACAAAAUCUGGCCCAGACCUUUGGGCUGAAAUAUGUUCCUGUCUGCCAAGUCCUGACCAAGAGGAUGGUGCCAAGAAUGCCUUCUCAGACUCCUUUAUGGAUUCUUAUCCUGCAAGCACAGGCCAGAGGGAGGCGCUGGACUUUGCUGCUCAGCCCGCUAUAAAGCCUUGGGCUCCCUUGCAGGAUUCAGAAGUGUAUUUAGCAUCUUUAGAGAAUAAGCUGAGAAGAAUCAAAGGCUUAAAUCAGGAAGUGACUUCUAAGGACAUGCUUCGAACCCUGACCCAAGCCAAGAAGGAAUGCUGGGACCGGUUCCUCCAGGAGAAGUUAGCGUCGGAGUUCUUCGUGGAUGGACUUGAUUCUGAUGGGAGCACCUUGGAACAUUUCAAGAGGUGGCUCCAGCCAGAUAAGGUGGCCGUCAGCACAGAGGAGGUCCAGUAUCUGAUUCCUCCAGACUCACAGGUGGAGAAGCCAGUGGCUGGGGAUGAGCCAGCGGCAGCAGAACAAUAAAUUACACACAUAGACAGACAGACAGACAGACACUGAUAGACAACUAGACACAUUCAUGCAUGCACACACACACGCACGCUUGCGUGGAGCAGCUGUCUGGAGUCCAGAGGGCAGUGGGGAGCUCAGCGGCAGCAUCGGCAAGAAGACUCUGGAGGGGCAGAGCCCAGCUCUCCGCUCCACAAGGCAAACAGCUGUGGCUACCUGAGGCCUUGCUUGGGGCUGGAGUGUGUGUCUGUCUUGGAUGAAGUGACUGUCCCAGUGCAUUCUGGAUCAAAAUACCAGUUUCCUGUAUGUCUCUCAGCUUGCUCCAGCUCUGGUGGCGCAGCUGAGAAGUCUACCGAGAAUCUACUGAGAAUCUAGUGAAGGACCAGGUGUAAUUGUGUGUGGAGCAGCUGAUGCCCUUGUGUAUAAUGUUUAAGUUAAGUGAGCCAUAUUUAUCCCUGCCUCUCCUGGACUUCCCUACCUGUGUCCCAAGCACUCCCUGGGUAACUUGUCAGGGGUGAGUGGGACCAAGGAAAGUGAAGUCUGCCUCCUCAAAUCCAAGCCCCAUUUGGGGCUUCGCUAAGUCUGCAAUAAAUAUGAGGACUUUAGCAAAAGA